AUGGUUGCAGCGUUGGAACGAGGACUAAGCGUUUCCAAAUCAUUCAAUUUCAAAAGAAUGUUUGAUUCAUCCUCGACAAAACAUCAUCAACAAUCUCAAACCUUAGUCGUGGAGAACGUAGAUUCUCAUAUCGUCGAAUCCAACACGCCUGAAAGCCAAAACUCCGACAGCUUCGCAGAAAGCCCCGUUGAGAGCAGCAUUCCUCCCAUGAUUUCCCCUCUUAACCGGCCGGGAAAACGACCCGACCGACAACAAGCAGAUACGGAGAAUAUGAAGGAUAGAUUCGCGAAGUUACUUCUCGGAGAAGAUAUGUCCGGUGGCGGAAAAGGCGUAUCUUCUGCUCUUGCUCUUUCCAAUGCCAUUACAAAUCUUGCGGCGUCUAUAUUUGGGGAACAAACAAAGCUGCAACCGAUGCCGCAAGAUAGACAAGCGAGGUGGAAGAAAGAGAUCGAUUGGUUAUUGUCUGUAACUGAUCACAUCGUCGAGUUUGUUCCUUCUCAGCAAACGAGCAAAGAAGGAGUUUGCACCGAGAUUAUGGUGACAAGACAAAGAGGUGAUCUUCUCAUGAACAUCCCUGCUCUUCGAAAACUCGACGCCAUGCUUAUCGAUACACUUGACAAUUUCAGAGGACACAACGAGUUUUGGUAUGUGUCGAGAGAUUCAGAAGAAGGGAAGCAAGCAAGGAAUGCUCGUACAAACGACAAGUGGUGGCUCCCUCCGGUGAAAGUUCCUCCCGGCGGUUUAUCUGAGCCUGCCCGGAGAAUGCUUUACUUCCAAAAAGACUCAGUUACACAAGUCCAAAAAGCUGCAAUGGCCAUCAAUGCUCAAGUCCUCUCCGAAAUGGCAAUACCCGAGAGUUACAUCGACUCUCUCCCAAAGAACGGAAGAGCCAGCCUCGGGGAUUCAAUCUACAAGAGCAUAACAGAAGAGUGGUUUGAUCCGGAGCAGUUCUUGUCGAUGUUGGACUUGUCAACAGAGCACAAAGUGUUGGAUUUGAAGAACAGGAUUGAGGCAUCCGUUGUGAUUUGGAAGAGGAAGCUUAACGUAAAGGACAGCAAAUCUUCUUGGGGCUCAGCUGUUAGCUUGGAGAAAAGAGAACUUUUCGAAGAGAGAGCAGAGACAAUCUUGGUCUUGCUCAAACAGAAAUUCCCCGGCCUUCCUCAAUCUUCCCUUGACAUCUCCAAGAUUCAGUUUAACAAGGACGUAGGGCAAGCGGUGUUGGAGAGUUACUCGAGGAUUCUUGAAAGCUUGGCGUACACGGUGAUGUCAAGGAUAGAAGAUGUUCUUUACACGGACACAUUGGCUCUAAAGCAGUCUUCAAUGGCUGAAGAAACGGAUGGUGGGAGAACAACGGAGACGGAUUCAGAGGGAUCGUCAAACUCGGGAGAAGACACCGAGAAGCUUGACCCACACUACUCCAAGACACUGUUGGAUUUCAUGGGUUGGAAUGAGAAUAGUUCCAAAGGCGGCGAGAAACAUACAAAGUCUCCAAACCUUACGCCGAAGAAGCUCUCGCACUUGGAGAAGUUAGAGAAUCUCAACGGUUUUAGAAGCCCCAAAGAUAGACAUUGA